CAAGAAAGGGACUAUUAUCACAAAGUCUCUGCUUCCUUGAAAUUCCCAUCUUAACAAAUUCAUUCUAUCUCUCUUUCACUCCCUCUCUCCAUAAGAAACUUGAAUCAAAGUUCAUCAUUCUCCCAAAUGGGUUCUACAAUUUUCUUGCUCUUUCUUCUCUCCCUUGCAUUUCCUCAUUACAUUUUUUACCAACCAUAUACUUUUGUGACUGCAGAUGAUAAUCUUAUCCAAAAGACUUGCAAUAGCACCAUAUACUAUGACCUUUGUCUAUCGUGUCUCAAAUCUAAUCCCAACAGCCCUAAUGCUGACACAAAGGGAUUGGCAGUCAUCAUGGUUGGGAUUGGAAUGGCUAAUGCCACAGCCACUUCCUCAUACUUGUCCUCUCAGUUGCUUGGCACAACUAAUGACACAAACAUGGAGAAAGUCCUCAAGGAGUGUGCUGACAAAUAUACCUAUGCUGGUGAUGCACUCCAAGCUUCUGUUCAGAAUUUGGUUGCCGAGUCCUAUGACUAUGCUUACAUGCACAUAACUGCAGCUGCAGAUUAUCCAAAUGCUUGCCACAAUGCCUUCAAAAGGUAUCCGGGAUUGGCUUAUCCAUUGGAGCUUGCACGUAGAGAGGAUGGUUUGAAGCAUAUAUGUUAUGUAGUUUUGGGAAUUAUUGAUCUUCUUGGGUGGUGAUUGCCUUAACCAUAUACUGCUUACUCUUUCCCUUGUAAUCUUUGUGUUAUGUACUUUUUUUCUUCCCCUUGCAUUUGUCAAUUGUUUCCACUUUACAAUCUAUUGUCUAAUUGCCUUUAUUUGA